AUGCGAGAUAAAUAUCUCGAUAUUGGAUUUCGUCUUGAAGCCCACAUCCAAUCCCAGAAAUUAAUUCUUUUCCUAGAGAGUGAAAAAAAUGAAAAACUUUCUCUUCACACUUCUCCGAGCUUUUCUCUCUUCGCCUUUUACAGGCUGGUGGAUAUUUAUGACGAGAAAGUGGUGAUAAAAAUUUUCCACAUCAUUGAACGAAGGUAUGGAUGCUCGUUGAAUGCUUGUGUUGUCGGCGUCUUCGACUAUUAA